AGCUGGGGCACAGACGGAGGAUUAUAUCCGCGGAGGUACUUGAAUUUUAUUAGUCUGACAGCUUUCGGCUUCAAAAUCACUCAUCAGUGAACAUCAAGCAAGAAUGAAGAAAUGUAAAGAAGAUGCAGAGACACACACCUGAGCCCUGUGUAAAAAUCUGAGGAGUGAGAUGAUACCAGAGCCCACAGCUGCAGCUGCAUCCAGGUCCUCAGAGCAGAAUAAGAACUCUGAUGAUGAGGCGAACACCUCUGGUGCUGUCAAUCACUCAGAGGAUGAGUCGGGGAAUGAGAACAGGCGAAAGAGUGUGAGAAGGAGGAAAAGAGCACACACGGCCUCAGAGAAUGUCAAACGCAAAAGUGCCAAAGCCAGCCGCAGCAGUGUUAGCAAAGCAGGAGGCAGCCACAGCAGACAGAGGCAUGUGGAGGCCGUCACCCUGUUUGAGGUGGUCACCAUGGGCAGGAGUGCCAUGCAGGCGGUGAUAGAUGACUGGAUUGAGGCGUAUGUUGCAGACAGAGACUCCUCUCUCCUUGAUCUCAUCGGCUUCUUCAUCCAGUGCUCUGGGUGCAAAGGUGUGGUCACCGCGGAGAUGUGUCAGAGCAAAGCGGACAGCGAUGUGAUGAGUAAGAUGGUCGAGGAGCUGGAUGAGGUCUCCAGUCUGCAGUAUAAGAAGUUUCUGGCCUUUCCGUGGAUCCUCACAGUCACGUGGCCCAUGGAUACAGACAGCGUGGAGUAUCCUCUCAUACAGUCAGGCCCGUACGGUCGCUGGUUUCACUCGGAGUUCUGCGACUUUGUGUCGGUGCUGGUGGCUCAGUGUCAGCACAGCGUCAUCUUCGACAGUUACCUGAUGAACACACUGAUCUCACUGCUCACAGAGCUGUCCAACUCCUACGUUCGAGCCUUCCGACACACCUGCACGCUAGCAGCGGUGAAGCUGCUGAGCUCUCUGGUGGGCGUGGCUCUGAGCCUGAGCGUCGGGAUUGAAAACAGUCAGAAACUGUACAAGGUGCAGAAGACGAAGACCGUGAGACAGAAAAGCACGCAGCAGCUGGAGAGAAUACAGAAGAAGAUCACAGAGCUGCAGGAGAAGAGGGGCGAGAUAGAGAGCAUGAUGGACAUCGUCUUCAAAGGAGUUUUCCUCAAGAGAUAUCGUGAUGUGCUUCCAGAAAUCCGCUCGCUCUGCAUGGAGGAGUUGGGUUUGUGGAUGAAGCUCUACAGUUCUGCAUUUCUCAAUGAUAGCUACCUCAAAUACAUGGGCUGGAUGAUGAACGACAAAAUACCUGAUGUGCGUCUCAAGUGUGUGCUAGGUUUGCAGGGUUUGUAUGGAGAUCCUCUGCUUCUCCCUAAACUGGACCUGUUCACCAGCCGUUUCAAGGACCGGAUGAUCUCCAUGACCCUGGAUAAGGACAACGAAGUGGCCUUGCAGACCAUGAAACUACUGGUUCUCAUCUCCAAAUCGUCCGACAACGCGCUCAGUCCAGAGGACUACAAGCAGCUACUGCAGUUUGUUUACUGUUCACAGCGACCUCUCGCAGCGACCGCAGGGGAGCUGCUCUACUCAAGGCUUCUCAACACUGUAACCCCCGGAUCUGAUACUCAGGAUGAAAUAAAUGAGGAGGAGGAACAUAAACAAGGAACAUCUGCCACGCUGAAGGCUCUGCUGCAGUUCCACCAGGAGGCUGAGCUGCACAAACAUGUGGUGUACCUGGUGGACAGUCUGUGGGACUGUGGCGGAGCUCUGCUGAAGGACUGGGCCGCCCUCACAUCUGUACUGCUGCAGGACUCUUCCUCACACAGUCCAGGUCUUACACUGGCGGAACAAGCAGUGCUUGUUGAGAUUCUGGUGGCGUCUGUGCGUCAGGCCUCAGAGGGACCAGCCCUGGCCGGGAGGAGUGGAGCGAAGAAGGUAAUGAACGCCAGGGAAAAGAAAACUCAGAUUGAUGACUGUGCUAAACUCACUGAACAUCUCCUCGUUGUGCUUCCAAAGCUACUGUCCAAGUUUUCGAGUAGCUCGGACAUCGUUGCCUCCCUGAUGAGGAUUCCUCAGUAUUUCCUCCCUGAGUGUCCUCAGGCUGAAAACACGCAGGCGGUGUCCGGCCUCAUGGCAGAGAUGGGAGCUGUCCUGAACCUCCACUUGGGCCCUGCUGUGCUGGAGGCAGCAGCCCGCACAUACCUCAGUCUGUGUGGGGAGGAGACGACGUGGUGCUCCACAGCCCAAGCUGCCAGAGACUCUCUGGUCCAGACCUGGGUGGACCAACUGACCUUCCUGCUGGAAGACUCACUCAAGGAUGACUGUUUCUCUGCGGACGAGGCGAAAACUGGAGAAAUUGUAGCCACGCUGAGGAAACUCAGAGCUUUCCACAACUGUCACGACCUCUCUCAGUGGAGUCUGUUCGAGCUGCUCUCUCCCCUCCUGUCAGAGGACAGCAGCCAGGGAGGACCACCGCCUGAGGUGCUGCUGGAAGUUCUGCAGUGUCUGUGUUACUUCAUGCUCUGGUCUCUCAACACGAGCAGUGAAACUCUAACCUCGAGAGAUAAAGCUGUGGCCCAGAGGCUCCAGCUGCGUCUGUUCUGUGAGAGGAGUCAUCGCAGUCUCUCCCACCCUGACCACAGUGUGCAGCAGCAGGCUUUUCUGGGCGUGUGUGACGUCCUGAUGGCUCAUUCCUACCAGCGACAUGUGUGGGAUCCCACCUCCUUUGGUCCUCUACUCUACACGCCCAGUCCCAAACUGCAGAGGGCGCUGUUGACCUUUGUAUGCAUGCGCAUCUUUGUUGGCCCAGACUGUGACAGCCAGAGCAGAGUCAGUGAAAACUCUGAAGUGGAGAGGCUGGAGGACCUUCACAAACGAAGAAAUCUGCUCGCGGCCUUCUGCAAGCUGGUAGUGCACGGGGUGCUGGAGAUGAGCAUGGCCGCCGAGGUCUUCAUGUACUAUGUGAAGUAUUAUAAUGACUUUGGAGACAUCAUCAAGGAGAUGGUGUACAGGACCAGACAGAUGGAUAAGAUAGAGAGUGCUCGCACACUGGUGCUCUGUUUGCAGCAGCUGUUUGUGCGUCUAAAAAAGGAGCAGGAGAGCGGCGGCAGCGCUCACCCCGGGGUCCAGACCUUCACCAGCAUCAAGGAGCUGGCCAGGCGGUUUGCCCUCACCUUCGGGGACCUCGUCAAGUUUCGUGAGUGCAUCGUCGUGAUCCACAGGAACGGCAUAGAGUUUGUGUUCCAAGAGUUCAGCCAGACCCCGGAAACACCUACACCACCAUACCUCUCAUACCUGACCAUCCUCAGCGAGUUCUCCAGCAAACUGCUCAAACCAGACAAGAAGACGGUGUUCUCCUACCUGCAGAAGCACACUGCAGAGCACAUCAUUGUCCUCAGAGAGGAGUGCUGGCAGCCGCUCAUCUACUAUCGUGCUUCUCUGUUGGCUGUAGCUGAAGGGGAAGAUGCUGUGUCCUACGUUAGCUCUGACAGGAAGCUCUGCCUGCCCAAUCGCUCUCCCUUUUCCAAACAGAAACUAGAAGGAGGCAAAUCCCCCUGUCCGUUCAGCCCCGUUGACUCCAAAGCUAGCAAAGGUCACAGAUCCAACUUCAGUCCAAGCCAGCGGGAGAGGACAACUGAUACGGACCAGUUUUCAGUUCCACUGGAACCUCCGGCAAGAAGACUCACCACCGAGGGAUCUGUCCUCAGCACGAGCAACGAGGUGGAUGAUGACGCUGUGGAGAUUGAACUUGAAAUAUGAGGAGGUUGGGGAACAAACCUCGUACGAGCAGCAAGACCUCAGUGGACGUCUCAAACAGAGUGAGAAAAUUUCCUUUUUGGUUUUUUUGCACCUUAUAACUCACGUCUCGCAUUCAGAUGUCCAGACAUCCCAGCAUGCCAUUGAGCACCCAAUGUGGAUCAAUCCGCUAAUGAAAAUAUUCCACAGCAAAUGCACUAUUCACUCAUGUUUGAGUAACAUCUGCUAAAAACUACAGUGUCCUACUGUUUAACACAACAACUAUGGCUGUGUAAAAAUUCAAAACUAUAUAUAUAUAUAUAUACAUACUAUGAGGUGAUUUUAAGUCUUUUCAUGGCUGUUUCAAAAAUAAGAAAUUCGAAGACCGGUCUUACUCUUCAAAUAAUGUCAGAUUAAGGUCAAGACCCCUUAAAUUUGAGGACACUCUAUCAGUAUGUGCAUAAUUAAAAAAAAAAUUUUUUUUUUUACAGCUUUUCUGUACUUGAACGUUAUAAAUGAUCCAUUAUUUAUUUUUUCUUUUGGAUCACCCUCAGGUCCAAGGUUUGUCUAUUUGAGUAUUACCUGGGAUUCAUUAAGAAUUAAGCUUUUACUGUCCCACCUGCCACUUUAUUAUUGCUCCUUAUAGGAAAUGGUUGGGUUAAAUUUAGCCAAAAACUACUUAUGUAUUGCUAUUAAUUCGCUUAAAUAAUAAAAAAAAUAAUCUG